ACGGUGAAUUCAUCUAUGAAUUCACAGUUGAUGGUUGCCGAUAUUUUAAGCGAUGUGAAUCGGAAAAUUGGCAAAAAAAGAAAAAAGGGAGAAGUUGCGAAUCCAGCAAACACUCUCGAUGGACUUGUCGCAAAGCGUUCAAUUAUGAAACGAUAUCUCACUGAGAAGGAAGCUAUUGAGGCUCCAUCCGAAUAUCUGGAAAUGAUUCGAACCGAAACUGAUCCGGAUGUAUCCACUAGAACUUGUUCGAUUUGUGGCUACCAAGGAAAAUGGGUUUCUGAGAUGAUUCGUCAUAAACGUGUUCAUACAAAUGAUCGUCCUUUUAAAUGCAAAUACUGUUCGCGUACGAGCAAGUGGAAAGCUGAUCUUAUCAGACAUGUAGCCAAAACACAUGGAAUUCGAGUCGUAUCAAAAUACAGCCGAAGCAAAACUUUUGAUUCAUCGCUCGUUCAUGAUUGCCAUGAAACAAAGUCACAAUGCGGCGAAAAUCGAGAUCGUUGCAAUGAAGAAUCAAUUGUUGCACUGAUAAGUCAUCUUCAAAACGUUCAUAACGAACUGCCUUAUGAAUGUUUAUCAUGCAAUCAAAAAUUUAACGAUGCUGACUUAGCCAUGGCACAUUGCCGUUACAUAGGUAACAGCGAAGCAUAUGCUAAUAUUGCAACUGUACACAAUGGGAACUCAAUCAGUUGCAGAGAUACUUCGAGAUGUUCACUAUCUAUGCUGAAAAUCAAUGUCAUACCAAUAUUUGAAGGUUUGUUCGUAUAA